UACACUAUUUUCGAGAUUAAAGAAAAAAAUUCAAAUUUUUUUUAAAUUAAAUAUAAAUUUUUGUACUCUAAAUUCUUGAAGAUUUGCUAACGAAACCGCAACGAUAAGCAUUUUUUUAACGGUUUAAAUAAAAUUAAUUCAACCUAAACUAAGAACCGCAAAGUACUGAUGUUCCCUCGAUGGAAGAGAGUGUAAACUUGUCGUCGACUGUUGUUUUUGUGACAUUAAAAGCAAUCAUAACGAUUUCUAAUUAAAACAGUGCCCAGGAAAAAUUUGAUUUUUAAAAUAUAUUAGAAAUGUGCAUAGAGAAAAAGUGAAACAAAAAAGAAAAUAAAAUUAAAUUAAAUAAUAUUAAUUAUUGAAAUUAGCCGAAAUCUGCAUACAAGAAACAGCUUUUCAUUCAAACAUUUUAAAUAUUAGUGAGCAUACGCUCGGCCCCAAAUUGGCUACGUUCCACUUUUUCUAAUGUCCAACUACCGUAUUAACUGCAACCACGAACAACAAUACCAACGGCAACAGCAACAACAACAACAACAACAAAGAGACAUAGUACAUCAAAUAAAUAACGAAGACUACGACGAGAUGUACGCGAGUCUUCGCUAUGCCAGUACGAAUCUCAGUCAUAGCAGUCUCCUGCUAAAUCAGACCGCGCUCGACAGUGUACCGGGCGAGAGCAACGAAGCUCUUGACGCAUCAGUACCUUUAAUAGUACAAAAAUCGGUGCCAUUACCUUUGCAAGUGUCAGGAAAAUCCACUACAUCAAGAAUAGUUCCAGCCGCAAUAGCAGCUGCUGCGGCUGUGGCUGCAACACCAAUCACUUCAAAUUUAUCAGGCUCGAAGGUUAGACUUGCGCCCUUGUCUUUGCCACCAAAUAUUAAUAGCUGUGGUGGCAAUAGCUGUGGUGUUGGUGGCAGCAAUAUUAUAAGUAGUAAUACGCAUAACUACUUACCACACGAUUAUAGCUUUUGUGAUUCGUGUCGACCGUUACGGUUCCAUAGUCAUCUAUCGAAUUCAACUCACAGCGGUAGUCCCGGUACGAUAUCACAUAAAAGUUUUAGUGCCAAUUCGCCAAUUCCACGGUUUUAUAAUUUACAUUCAAACUCAAGUUCAAGCUCAAAUCGUGGCAAUUCAUUGUCAACAACAGCUCCGCCACAAUCGUUUCUAACACAGUCUUUGCCUACAGCAACACCAUUUCAAUUACGUACAUUUCAACAAUUUUCUCGUUUACAGCCCCGACGUACCGCCAGUAGCAGCAUGUCGCAAUCUGGGGACGAUCUACAUUCGCCCAGUUAUCUAUCAUGGCGAAAAUUACAACUAAGCAGAGCCAAAUUGAAAGCUUCCAGCAAAACAUCAGCUCUACUAUCAGGAUUUGCAAUGGUGGCAAUGGUUGAGGUUCAAUUAAAUAAUGACACUGACGUUCCUGCUGGUAUGCUAGUAGCCUUCGCGAUUUGUACUACGCUGCUCGUGGCAGUGCAUAUGUUGGCACUUAUGAUAAGCACAUGCAUACUUCCAAACAUUGAAACCGUCUGCAAUCUGCACAGCAUUUCGUUAGUGCACGAAUCACCGCAUGAGAGGUUACAUUGGUACAUUGAGACGGCCUGGGCAUUUUCAACUCUACUGGGCCUAAUAUUAUUUCUAAUAGAGAUUGCUAUUCUGUGCUGGGUGAAAUUUUACGAUUUAAGCCAACCGGCUGCUUGGUCAGCGUGUAUUGUGCUCAUUCCGGUACUAGUAAUCUUCCUUGCAUUUGCUAUACAUUUUUACCGCUCGCUUGUGACACACAAGUAUGAAGUAACUGUGUCCGGCAUAAGAGAAUUAGAGAUACUGAAGGAGCAAAUGGAGCAAGAUCAUAUGGAGCAUCAUCAACAUCGAAAUAAUGGAUUAAAUUACGCUGCAAGUGGCGAAAUUGUCUAACUUCCAAUAAAGUCCAUACAACUUUAAAGCCUGUCUUGAAAAACGAGUAUUUUUGCAUAUAAUUUGUUGUUAGCGAUUAAGUUAUGAACUUUAGUAAGCCACACAUGUGUGAACAAUAUUUAAUUCAUAAUUAGGAUUAAUUUUUAAGUUAUGGUAGAUCAUAGAUCGUAAAUCGUAAAUAUGUUUAAUUAUUAUUGAUACGAAUUAAAAUACAAAAGACGUAAAUGUGUAAUAUUUUAUAUGAUAAAUUCAUUCGAUUAGUUUAUUAGUUUAUUAUAUUAAAUAUGCAAUUGUGAUAUUGUACACCGUAUUUUUAACUUUGCAAUAUGCAAACGAAAUUCUAAUUUUAUUUAGUUGGUAAAUUUUUUAGAAACAAUAAUUAUUGAAUUUUUAUUACUAACUGAUAAUGUGUUACUCUUAAAUAUAAGUAUUUGUAAAAAUAUUUUUGUAAAAUUUUAUAUAAGAAGUUUAUUGCCCACAUUAUAUAUCGGAAUUAAUAAUUAUUACAAUAAUUAUACUUUACACACAUUAAGAAAAUUAAAACACUUCCACAAAUCUCAAAGGUUUUAGUUAUUUAUUUAUAAAAAUAUAUAUUUUUUUUAAAAA